AUGAGCUUCAGUCAGUGAGAGACCAAGUCUCAAUUUAAGACAAAGAUGAAGAGUGAUUCAGGAUAGCAGCCCCAAGUCCACUUCAGGCAACAAAAUGAAACUAUGCCCUUGACCUCUUUGUUACUGUUCAUAAUGCCGUCUUCCCCACUCUCAGAUUCUGUUAAGAUUCAUAGACACAGCAAUGCAUAUUGUACAGGGAUUUUUACCGUGUCUUCCGGACUUGGUAUCAAAUUACAUGCUGGGAAAAAAAAAAAUACCCUUGAAAGCGUGCCCACUAAAACUACACAGAAGGAAAAUCCAGAGGUUAAAUGUAGCAAUUCAAAGUGCCAGACACGUCACCUUUUUGACCCUGGCUAUAAUUUAAGCCUGGUUUAUGUUGCACCGUGAGAAGUGUGAACUAAUUGUGCAUGUCAAAGCAAGUUCUUCAAGAAGAGAAAGAGCAAACUACCUUUCCCCUAUUUGAGAGGAGAGAGGGAAGGAAGAGCAGAUCCGCGGCCUCUGGAGAGCUGUGUGCAAGUUUGCUCCUGGCUAAAAGUUAAUGAUCAAUCGCGUGCUCUCAGCUCCGAGUCCCCAGCAAGUGGCUGAGGCGGCUUUUCUUUCUCUCCCGCUCCAGAUAAUCUGGAGUCUGCUCUACCUCUCCCUUCAUAUUGCCUUCAAAUAUUGCACAUCAACACGAAGUGACUAGGCUUAAAUAUUCCACACACCACCCAAAGCUGUUAACGUGGUCAUCUGACAACAGUACACAGACGAUUACAGAAUUGUCCACUAAGAAAAACAUCAUGCAGGAGUCUGUGCGUUCAUACUGAAUCUUGACCGUUGAUCAACUUCAUCUGCUAAGAGGUCACCUUAGUCUCCAGUAGAAGUGCAGAAAUGCCAUCAGAGCCUUCCACGCCGUCUCCACAACCACUUCCUCCCGACGGAGGGUGGGGCUGGGUCGUAGUCUGUGCGUCCUUUAUCUCCAUUGGAUUUUCAUAUGCCUUCCCCAAAGCUGUCACAGUAUUCUUCAAAGACAUCCAAGAAAUAUUCCACACCACCUCCAGUCAGAUCGCGUGGAUAUCGUCCAUCAUGCUGGCCGUCAUGUAUGCGGGAGGUCCCAUCAGUAGUGUGUUGGUGAAUAACUACGGCAGCCGGCCUGUGGUGAUGGUGGGAGGAUUAUUGUGCUGUGUUGGAAUGAUCCUGGCUUCUUACAGCAACAGCGUGAUAGAGCUUUAUCUCACCGUUGGCUUCAUUGGAGGUUUAGGAUUAGCAUUCAACCUGCAACCGGCCUUAACAAUAAUUGGAAAAUAUUUCUAUAGAAGACGACCCCUUGCGAAUGGCUGCGCCAUGGCUGGAAGUCCUGUUUUCUUAAGCACACUGGCUCCUUUCAAUCAGUACCUAUUUAACAACUAUGGCUGGAAGGGCGGUUUUUUGAUUUUGGGAGGCAUAUUUUUGCACUCCUGUGUGGCCGGGUGCCUCAUGAGACCUGUUGGGCCAAGUCCAACUGCUAAGAAAUCUAAAAGUAAGGUUGGUUCAAGACAUGAUGCAACUGUGAAGAAAGCCAGUAAGGUAUCAACAGCAGAAAAAGUUAAUAAGUUUUUAGAUUUCAGCCUUUUUAUGCAUAGAGGAUUUUUGAUCUACCUAUCUGGAAAUGUCAUAUUGUUUUUAGGGAUUUUUGCCCCUAUUAUAUUCUUGGCUCCAUACGCUAAACACAGAGGAGUGGAUGACUAUAACUCAGCUUUUUUACUGUCUGUGAUGGCUUUUAUCGAUAUGUUUGCUCGGCCUUCUGUAGGAUUAAUAGCCAACACUAGCUUAGUCCGUCCACGAAUCCAGUACUUCUUCAGCUCCGCAAUCAUCUUUACUGGCAUAUGCCAUCUCUUAUGCCCCCUAGCAACUUCCUACACAGCUUUGGUGGUCUACGUUAUAUUUUUUGGAUUGGGAUUUGGAAGUAUUAGCAGUCUCCUCUUUGAAUGCCUUAUGGACCUCGUUGGAGCUGCCAGGUUCUCCAGUGCUGUGGGACUCACAACAAUUGUGGAGUGUUGUCCAGUUCUUUUCGGCCCUCCUUUGGCUGGUAAAUUGCUUGACAUAACUGGAGAAUAUAAAUACAUGUACAUAGCCAGUGGAACAGUUGUGUUAAUUUCAGGUACUUACCUACUGAUUGGCAAUGCUAUAAACUAUAGACUUCUCGACAAGGAAAGGAAAAGAGAGAAGGCAAGGAAGAAGAAGUCAGCUACGAACGCAUCCAGAGAAAUGGAGGCCCUGAACAGAUCUAAACAGGACGAAGUUACUGUCAAAAUUUCAAAUGCACACAAUCCUCCCUCAGACAGGGAAAAAGAAAGUAAUAUUUAACAAGUCUCAUGCCGAAUCAGUGUUCAUGAUUUUAAUCAUGAGUUUCUUUGUGUGUGUGUGUGUGUGUGUGUUUUUUUUCCCAAAGAAUUGCAAAGGAUUUUAGCUGCAACAAAAAGAUCGCAAACAGUAACAAAACUGGUAUCUUCCUCAAUGCCAUAGUAUAAAUUCAUGCUUUAACAUUUGUUGGGAUGGUCAACUCUUGAGGUGGUGCACGUAGAAAACCAACGCACUUGCUCAUCUGCGCACCUGAGUUGUGAUGAAAACAACAAAUUUUUAAAAUCUUCCACCCACUUUUACUUUUAGCUGCAGAAUUAGAUCUGCAUCCCAGACUUUGGCUCACCUAAGCACAAUUCAACAUUAAUUCCACAAAAUGACUCUCUUGAAGGUUCAUUUUUUUUUUCAUUUGAUAUUAAGUCAUGAAGUGAAUUGAGGACAAUCUUUUUUUUCUUUUCAACACACAAAGAAUUACACAUGUAUCUACGAAAACACUGAAUAUCGGGAGAUCAUAAAGAAAUAAAUGGAUUUGAAAAAAUUAUUAUCAUAGUCAUUUUUAAGUCAAAGGAAAACUCUGGGAAGCGGGAAUAUGUUAUAUUUGUGUGCAGUUUUGCAGUGUGGAUUAAAAAUAACAGUGUAUGGUGAAAAAAUCAAAGUGUUAUUAGCUCGAAGAAAGCUAAAGGAAAAAAAUCUACAUGGAUAAGUUUGGUUAAAAACAAAACAGAACUAGUUUUUCACCAUCAAUCUGCCACACUUGUGCCAGUUUAAUCUGCACACCUGUCUACACAGUUUCUUUGAGAGGUUGCAAUUAGGACUGGGUGCUAGAUAAUAGAACCCCUCCAUUCAUUUCCAGAAUUCAUACCUAACACAUAACUUGAUUUAAAAUGCAGAAACACUGAAAAAUCAGAUGAAUCCAUGCUUUAGAAGCCUCUGAAACAAUGAUGUGCAUCUUUUGAUGACUUUUUAAAAACGGGGGCUUCAUGCAGAUUUAAUGGUGUGCUCAACUAUCCAAGCCAAAUAAAUUAGAAGAGCUAACAUAUUCAAAGUAGUGACAUAAGCUUGAUCUCAUGAGUAAUUCAUAAGAGUGGAACUGACAAGACCAGGGGUCAUUUCUGAGCCCUGCUAACAGGGACUUAUAAUACUUUUCUACAAUAAGCAAAAGCAAAAUCCAACCCCAGACCUUGAAUUCCAUCCCAGAAGACACCUCUUGGCAUAAAAGGAGGGGAAACACUUGAAGAUUCUGCCCUCUACUGAUUGGACUACCUACAACUGAGAAUAGAACACAAAAGCUGGAGUUAGUCCCCAGGACACUUCUGGCAAUACAGGCUGUGGGGACUGACAAACGGAGUCUAUAACACAGUAGCAACACGGUGGGGAAUUCUUGUUCAGGUUACUUUAGGAUUUUGCUCAUUUUCCAAACCUAAAGUGUCUAGAAAUCAAACUCAUUCUUACAACACUCUUUGAGAGGUCUGUAACCUCAUAUUGUGCACAUAGCAACUGAAACUAAAUAUAUGUCUCAUGUCUUGUUUCAUUUUCUGGUAAAUAGGAAGAAUUUUGUGCUUUAUUAUUGAAGUCAUUCUUACAAUAUCUUCUUCCUCCUCCUACUUCUUCUUCUUCUUCUUUCUACUUCUUCUUCUUCUUCUUUCUACUUCUUCUUCUU